UGGAUAGUUUUAAUCACUCCAAGUACGGAGUACAUUUGAACACUACCAGUUCCCAAUUCCUCAGUUCCCAAUUCCCAGGUCUUCGCAAGUCUCGCACCCUCGCAGCGGCCAAGCCAGGAACAACCAUGGCGACUGACCUCAAAAUUCGCAAUGCCUCUAUUUUCUCUCUCCUCUUGUUCCUCUCUUUUCUUCUUGGAUCAUCCUCUGCGGCGACUGAUCAUGAUCUGCGAAUCACAAAUGCUGAGCGCAGAAUCGAUUUGAGUUCUCAUAUCAUCAAGGUGUUCUUAACUCUAAAGGUUGAAAAUAAAGGAACAUCUCCUACUUCAGAAGUCAUCCUUGCUUUUCCACCAGCCCAGAUUGAUCAUCUAGCGUUGUUAAAAGCAGCUGUAUCAGGGGGGAAGAAAAAGAAGAAAACAUACACGUCUCUUGAUGUCAAUCCUAAGCUACCUGAUGGGCCGAAUGGAACAAAAUAUUUUUCUGUCACUUUGCUUAAUCCCCUGAAGGCAAAUGAAGCUGUAACACUUGAGAUCCUGUACAUACUAACAAAAUCUCUUGAGCCAUUCCCAUCAGAAAUUAGCCAGUCGGAAUCUCAGUUGGUUUAUUACCGCGAUAGUGCGAUUAUAUUGUCGCCAUAUCACAUUGAACAACAGGCAACUUUUAUCAGGACUGCAAGUACUAAAGUGGAAUCAUACACAAAUGUGGAGCCCACCAACCGUUCUGGUCUUGAGUUGAAAUAUGGUCCAUACGUAGAUCAGCCCCCACACUCAUUUUCACCAAUUAUUGUACACUUUGAAAACAAUAAUCCAUUUGUUGUUAUUGAGGAUCUUGUACGUGAAGUUGAGAUCUCACACUGGGGAAGCGUACAAGUAAGAGAGCAAUACACACUGUCUCAUGCUGGUGCUCGGCUCAAAGGUGCAUUUUCCAGGGUGGACUACCAGUCUAAGCCUUCUGUAAGUGGUGUAGCUUCAUUUAAGCAGCUACUUGCAAGGUUACCCCCACGAGUAAACUCCGUUUACUACAGGGAUGAAAUCGGAAAUAUCUCAACAUCACAUUUGCGUUUGGAUUUAAAGAAGUCAGAACUUGAAAUAGAGCCUCGCUAUCCUUUAUUUGGUGGUUGGAGAGCAACUUUUGUCAUUGGAUAUAGAGUACCUUUGGAAGAUUUCCUAUAUGAAUCAACUGAUGGCAAGCAGCGUUAUUUAAACUUCACUUUCGGAUGUCCUAUGGCAGAGACUGUCGUGAAUAAGCUAACCAUUAAGGUAGCCCUGCCAGAGGGGUCUAAAAAUCCCACAGUUGUGGCGCCAUUUACACUGGAACAACAUUUGGAGACCACUUAUUCAUAUCUUGACAUCAUGGGAAGAACUGUUGUGGUUUUGGAAAAGAAGAAUGUGGUGCCAGAGCACAACUCCCCCUUUCAGGUUUACUAUGAUUUCAACCCGGCCUUCAUGCUUGUUGAGCCAUUGAUCUUGGUAUCCAUAUUUGUUCUAUUUUUCUUGGCUUGCAUAGCUUAUCUUCAUGGUGAUAUUUCCAUCCAGAAACAUAAAACACCUUGAAACUUCAGUGGCAAGGAUACUGGAGAGGGAAACUUAUCAGAUGCCUGGGGCAAGAAGAGUAGAAAAUUAUCUUGAGGAAACCAUAUGCGCUUGCAUGUUGUAGUUCAGCUGCAAGCAAGGCGAUAUAUUGCAUCCAAGAAUGGCAUCGAAAUAUUUUGUCGAGCUAGAAAUACAAAAAAAAAAAAAAAAAAUCACUGUAGUUUUAGGUGAAUCCUGAAAGGGAGGUAGUUGUUGCAUUCUAAUAUACUGUAGAUUUCUUGCUGUGUACAAGGAGUAUUCUAGUUGUAGAUUUCUUGCUGUGUACAAGGAGUUAAAGCUCGUUUCCGUUGGAGAAACACUUGUGCGGCUUCAAAAGUCUGAAUGAUCUAAAUUAAAGCUCUUCACUGCUGCCCCUUUUUUGUUCACAAAUUAUCAUAGUAUCGAAUCAUCAGAAAUUGUUGGCUUUUAAAUCUCUUAGUUUUUAUUUUUAUAGGUAGCUUUUUAUAAAUCUACCAUUGUCAAGGAAAUGCUAACUUCAGUACUAUUUGUAAUAAUUUGCAUUAUAUGUACCUGUUUUCACUUAUUUAAACCUAAUUAAACUUAUACUCCUUAGAA